AUGCACCACGGCCACCUGAUCCCGGCGGUGGAUGCCGCGCUGCAGCUGGCCGCCCACGGCGCGCUCGCCAGCAUCGUCGUCACGCCGUCCUACACUGCGCGCCUCCGCCCCGUGGUCGAGUCGUCGGGCCUGCCGGUGCGGCUCGUCGAGCUCCCGCUCGACCUCGCCGGCACGGACGACGUCGACCAGAUCCCCCUAGACCAGGAGGCCGCCUACCUCCUCGCUGCGUCGCGCCUCCUGGCCCCGCUGGAGCGCCACCUCCGCACGCACGCGCCGCCCGCGACGUGCGUCGUGUCGGACAUAUGCCACCCGUGGACCUCCGGCCUUGCUGCCAGCCUCGGCGUCCCGCGGCUCAGCUUUCUCGGCAUGUCCGCCUACUGCCUCCUCUGCCUGCAGACGGAGCACCAUGCCGCGGCCAUUCGCAACGCCUAUGGCGCCAUUGACCCCUACUGGCACCUCAUCCCCGAGGAGCCGGUUGAGGUGAAAAUGCCCACCGCGGCCCCUGGGUUCCUGCGGCUACCGGCGUGCAAGGAUUGA